CGGGGCCACGCCGGCUCCGCCCUCCGCCCGCCCCGCGCCACCUCCGAGGGCCCGGCCGGCGCCCGGCCCGCGGGUAUUAAUAGCCGAGGCCGCGGUGCCCGCCCGAGCCCAGCCCGGCCGCCGGCGCGCGAGAGAGUCCGGUCGGCGUUCGUCAUGGGGGAAAUAGAGCAGAAGCCGACCCCGGGGGCACGCCUGGGCGCCCCGGAGAACUCGGGCAUCAGCACUUUGGAACCCGGGCAGAAGCCGCCCGCCGCGCCUUCCGGGAAGCUGAUGUCCAUCAAGAUCCAGAUGCUGGACGACACCCAGGAGGCCUUCGAAGUGCCGCAAAGGGCCCCCGGGAAGGUGCUGCUGGACGCCGUGUGUGGCCACCUCAACCUCGUGGAGGGCGACUACUUCGGCCUCGAGUUUCCUGACCACAAAAAGACCACGGUGUGGCUGGACCUCCUGAAGCCCAUCGUCAAGCAGAUCCGGAGGCCGAAGCACGUGGUGGUUAAGUUCGUGGUGAAAUUCUUUCCACCUGACCACACGCAGCUCCAAGAGGAACUCACCAGGUACCUGUUUGCUCUGCAGGUGAAGCAGGACCUGGCCCAGGGCCGGCUGACCUGCAGCGACACCAGCGCGGCCCUCCUCAUCUCGCACAUCGUGCAGUCGGAGAUCGGGGAUUUUGAUGAGGCAUCGGACAGAGAACACUUAGCAAAAAAUAAGUACAUACCUCAGCAGGAUGCACUGGAAGAUAAAAUCGUGGAGUUUCACCAUAACCACAUGGGACAAACCCCCGCGGAGUCGGACUUCCAGCUCCUGGAGAUCGCCCGCCGGCUCGAGCUCUACGGGAUCCGCCUGCACCCGGCCAAGGACAGGGAAGGGACCAAGAUCAACCUGGCCGUGGCCAACACCGGCAUCCUCGUGUUUCAGGGUUUCACCAAGAUCAACGCAUUCAACUGGGCCAAGGUUCGGAAGCUGAGCUUCAAGAGGAAGCGCUUUCUCAUCAAACUCCGCCCGGACGCCAACAGCUCCUACCAGGACACGCUGGAGUUCCUCAUGGCCAGCCGCGACUUCUGCAAGGCCUUCUGGAAGAUCUGCGUGGAGCACCACGCCUUCUUCCGGCUGUUCGAGGAGCCCAGGCCCAGGCCCAAGCCCGUGCUCUUCAGCCGGGGGUCCUCAUUCCGCUUCAGCGGCCGGACUCAGAAGCAGGUUCUGGACUUCGUCAAAGAAGGAGGCCACAAGAAAGUGCAGUUUGAGAGGAAACACAGUAAGAUCCAGUCCACCCGCAGCCUGGCUCCGCAGCCCACAGAAGCCAACUCCGAAGUGCCGAAACAAGCCCCGGCGCCCAGCGGCAGCCCGAGCCCCCGCCACGCCCAGGCCAGCGAGAAGCCGAGCGGCCCGCCCGGGAAGGAGCUGCCGGCGCCCGCGGCCGAGCGCGGCUCCCCCCGCAGCCCCGCCGCGCUGGACCGGAGCCCGGGGGCCGCGCCCAAGGCCGAGGGGGGCGGCCGGGCGGAGGAGGAGGCCGCGCAGGACCGGACCCCGCCGAGCACAGGCGCCCUGACCGGUAGCCCUCACCUUUCAGAGCGCUCCGGCAGCUCGCAGGGAGGAGCCGCGCCCGCCAACGCCAUCCUGUCCCCCAACCUGAGCCCCGACGCCAAGCAGGCGUCCCCCCUGGUCAGCCCGCUGCCCAACGACCAGGCCUGCCCGAGGACCGACGACGAGGAGGACGGCCGCAGGAAGAGGCUCCCCACGGACAAAGCGUACUUCAUGGCGAAGGAGGUGUCCACCACGGAGAGGACGUACCUGAAGGACCUCGAGGUCAUCACUUCGUGGUUCCAGAGCACCGUGGCCAAAGAGGACUCCGUGCCCGAGACGCUGAAGACGCUCAUCUUCCCCAACUUUGAACCCUUGCACAAAUUCCACACCAACUUCCUCAAGGAGAUCGAGCAGCGCCUGGCCCUGUGGGAAGGCCGCUCCAACGCACACAUCCGGGGCGAUUACCAAAGAAUCGGAGACGUCCUACUGAAGAACAUCCAGGGCAUGAAGCAACUGGCGGCUCACCUGUGGCAGCACAGCGAGGCACUGGAGGCGCUGGAGACCAACAUCAAGAGCUCCAGGCGGCUGGAGAACCUGUGCAGGGACUUCGAGCUGCAGAAGGUGUGCUACCUGCCGCUCAACACCUUCCUGCUGCGCCCGCUGCACCGCCUCAUGCAUUACAAGCAGGUGCUGGAGCGCCUCUGCAAGCACCACCCGCCCAGCCACCCCGACUUCCGGGACUGCCGAGCGGCCUUGGCAGAGAUCACAGAGAUGGUGGCCCAGCUGCACGGGACCAUGAUCAAGAUGGAAAACUUCCAGAAGCUGCACGAGCUCAAGAAGGAUUUGAUCGGCAUCGACAAUCUUGUGGUCCCGGGAAGGGAGUUCAUUCGCCUGGGAAGCCUCAGCAAGCUCUCAGGGAAGGGCCUGCAGCAGCGCAUGUUCUUCCUGUUCAACGACGUCCUGCUGUACACGAGCCGGGGCCUGACGGCCUGGAAUCAGUUCAAGGUGCACGGGCAGCUCCCGCUCUAUGGCAUGACGCUGGAGGAGAGCGAGGAGGAAUGGGGCGUCCCGCACUGCCUGACCCUGCGGGGCCAGCGGCAGUCCAUCAUCGUGGCGGCCAGCUCUCGGUCAGAGAUGGAAAAGUGGGUGGAGGACAUACAGAUGGCCAUCGACCUGGCAGAGAAGAGCAGCGGCCCCACGCCCGAAUUCGUGGCCAGCAGCCCCCCUGACAACAAGUCCCCCGACGAGGCCACGGCUGCCGACCAGGAGUCGGAGGACGACCUGAGCGCCUCGCGCACCUCGCUGGAGCGCCAGGCCCCCCACCGCGGCAACACCAUGGUGCACGUGUGCUGGCACCGCAACACCAGCGUGUCCAUGGUGGACUUCAGCGUGGCCGUGGAGAAUCAGCUGUCGGGGAACCUGCUGAGGAAGUUCAAGAACAGCAACGGGUGGCAGAGGCUGUGGGUGGUCUUCACCAACUUCUGCCUCUUCUUCUACAAGUCACACCAGGACAAUCACCCGCUGGCCAGCCUGCCCCUGCUGGGCUACUCGCUCACCAUCCCCGCCGAGUCGGAGGAGAUCCGCAAGGAGCACGUGUUCAAGCUGCACUUCAAGUCCCACGUGUACUACUUCAGGGCCGAGAGCGAGUACACGUUCGAGAGGUGGAUGGAGGUGAUCCGAAGUGCCACCUGCUCGGCCUCCCGCGCGCUGGCUCACAGGGAGUCCCACGGGUACUGACGGUGUCCGCGCCGGCCACAGCCCCCCACGGAUGGACACUCCUUCCUGUCCGGCCCCGGACAGCCGAGGCUGGGCCCCACGGAACCGUUUUCUAACUCGUCUUUUCAGCCGUUUCUCCUCCAAACAGUGGCCUCCUCUGGCGUGUCCGGCCUGGGGCCCGUGGGCCCCCGGGGGGUGGGCACGUGUGGGGUGUUGCGUGUGCCAGUAUUAACCCCGUCAUUCCCAGAGUGCCAAAUUCCCGCAGGCCGGGCGCGCCCCUCCACCCACACAGGGCAAACACUCUUCUUUUUCUUAAAAGGAACUCCCCCCUCCCCCACCCCGUUGGGCUGCUGCAUUUAAAAAAAAGGAAAAACACAAACAAAAAACACCCAGGAUCUUUCUCCAGUGUUGCCAAGCCCCCUGGCACAGCCUUGAAACAAGCAAAUGAGCCCAUUUUUCAGAUUUCUCUUUUUUUUUUCUUCCCUCCAGUGUUUCUACUUUUAUAACACUAGCUUAGGACUUCCUUCCCGGGUUCGGGGGGGGCCUCAGCGCGCCCCACCGACGCUGGUCACCAGCCACCUUAGUGCGAGUGACCAGAGGGUCCCCGUCUCCCUCUCUGCGAACGGGGGCGGGUGGUGGGGGCCGCGCUGAGUGCCGUGGGUGGGUGUGGGCUGUGCCGUUUUGCUGUGUGUCUGUCACAAGCAUGCAAUAACUGUCUGGCCGUCAGCGGGGCCGUUCGUGACGUUUUGUGAUGGAGAGUCGUGGCUCAGACGGUGCUGGGGGCCGGGGGCGGGGCCUGGCCCUCCAAUGGGGCCACAUCUCCAAUGGUAGAGAUAAGUGUAAGGCGGGAAGGAGCGGGGCGUGGGACCCAGCCGGCUCUUCUCCUCCGUACCCGCCUCCCCCGACUCCCCCCGGGGCACGGGUUAGCCACGCGGGGACCCUGCGUCUCCCCGACACUCGGGUCACACAGGGAACACGAGUUCCGGAAAGUUCUGGCCCAGGCCCGCCGCCGAGUGGCUGCUAUUCCCUGAGGGUGGGAAGGGCCCUGCUCCCGGCGACCCCCAGCCCCAGAAAGGCCUGGGGCCUGGAGGGACCCCUCCUCUGGGCAGGUCCCCCCCCCCCUCCGCGGGCGCGAGCCUGCGCCGUGUCGUUCAUCCUUUGCCUUACGAUAUGUACCACAUGGUCUCGAGUACUAACGAAAGGGAAUAAAAAUACCUCACGCCACAACCCAG